GUGCUGGGGGCCGGUGAGCCCUCGCAGCCGCAGCUCCCCCGGGCCGUGCCGGGGUCCCUCCCCACCCCCGGCGGCGGGAGCAGGGCAGGGGUGUUCAUCUCGGUGGGGCCACGCUGACCAUGCUCAGGAGCUUCUGUCUCCAGCUCAUGUCCUUGAUUUGGAUCCUCUUGGCCCAUCACCAGCUUGUGCAAGGGGAUGACUGCAGUGAGCGCUGCAAUCUCGCCCAUGGCUGCUGUGACCAGGAUGGGAAGUGCAGGUGCGAUCCAGGCUGGGAGGGGGAGUACUGCGAGGAGUGUGUGCGUAUGCCGGGCUGUCUUCAUGGGACAUGCCACCAACCUUGGCAGUGCAUCUGUCACACCGGCUGGGCUGGCAAGUUCUGUGACAAAGACAUACACAUCUGUGAACACCAGUCCCCCUGCCAGAACGGGGCACAGUGCAUCUACGAUCGUGAUGGGGAGUAUUCCUGCUUGUGUCCAGAAGGUUUCCACGGGAAGGACUGUGAGAUGAAGACGGGGCCCUGUGAGAAGGCAGGGUCUCCAUGCAAGAAUGGUGGGCAAUGCCAAGACGAAAAUGGCUUUGCCAGUAACUUCACCUGCCGGUGUCUCGCUGGCUUUGUGGGGGCUCUCUGUGAGCACGAUGUGGAUGACUGCCUGAUGCGCCCCUGUGCCAACGGGGCCACCUGCCACGACGGCGUCAACCGCUUCUCCUGCCAGUGCCAGGUGGGCUUUGAAGGGCGUUUCUGUACCAUCAACAUCAAUGACUGUGCCAGCCAGCCGUGCAAAAAUGGGGCAAAGUGCUAUGACCGCAUCAAUGACUAUGACUGCUUGUGUCCUGACCGUUUCACUGGCAAAACCUGUGAGAUCUCCGUCCCUGAGCCCACCUGGUCUCCUCCCUACCACCCUGCAAACCAUGAGAAUGCUGGAGGUGUGAAAAGCACCACUAGUGAGAUGCCGGGGGUGACGCAGCCGGAGCCCAUCAGGACUGUGGUCACAGGGCGGCGUGUGGCCAACCACAGUGAGAAAGAGCCAGGGGGAGGGUUGUUGAAAAUCUCUGUGAAGGAGGUGGUGACCCAAAGGGACUCAGGGCUGAGUGAAGCCCAGCUGGUGACAGUGCUGGUGUUCGGGGUGCUGACAGCAGUACUGGUCCUCAUCACUGUCCUGCUAAUGCUGAGGAACUGGCAGAGAGGCCGUCAAAGGUCGAACUGGUGCCAAAGCCCUUCUCAGGCUGCAAGAAAGCUCCAAGACCAGGAGUGUCAGGUGGGAAUGCUCAACACCAUCUUGAUUGAGCCAAGGAAGACCACAGAGCUGUGAGCUGCGAGGACUCUGAACCAGGCCCUGGCAGGUCAUCGUGCUGGCAAACCCCUCGAACUGCACCCUGCGGAGCCACACCGGCACCGACUGGGCAGCGGGGAAGGGCUCCCAGGGCGGCAAACACAUCAACAAAACCCUGGGUGUUGAGCACUGGUGUGAUGCCCCUGCCUGGGUCUGAGCUGUCUCCUGUCUGGCUGCCUCAGCUGGCACUCACGGGCAUUUGAAGGCAGGGCUGUGCUGGGCCAGCCCUGCAGGGGAGCGAUGGUGUGCUGCUUGCAGCAGCCCCUGCCAUGCCAGCACUGGCACAUCUGACACCAGCACUCAGAAACAGGACAGGUAGUGCUGAAGAGGGCACAGCCCUCUUGCAAGCCCAAAUACUGCCAGACCCUUUUUAGCUCCUCUCUGUGACUAUGGGAAGGGGCUUUAUCCUCAUUUCUGCUGGUGUUGGGAUGCUUCUUCUGGGGCCUUUGGGACAGUUGUGGCUGCAUGGGUCUGUCUCCCUGCCACAGUACUGUAUGGGGUAGCUCCUGACUGUUUCUGGAGGCUGUCAUUUCAGAUGCCAUGUCUCUAGGGAGUGAGAAAACACCCUUGCUUCCUGGCCUUGUGGUUCUGUGAGCCAGUUCAAAGAGACUUCAAAAAUCA